UAACCACUUCCACAACAACAAGAAGCUGAAAAACAAGGAAGUGAACGAUUCUAAGGCAGCCGUAACCAGUUAUAAGGCCUUGACAAAAUACGCAGAGCUCCGUUUAAUCCGACAUUCUUCAGCUUCUGGAUCAGUCGACAACAAUGAACAACAAAGGUUCUUAUCCACAGCAGGCUGUGUACCCUCAGCAGAGCACUGCACCUGUAUACCCCCCUGCUAUGCAAAUGUCUCCUCAGGCACCUCCUUACACAGACACACCACCUGCAUAUUCUGAGAUAUACCAGCCCAGAUAUGUGCUUCCACCUCAGGUGCCUGGUCAGGUGCCUCAGAUGUCCUCUCACUACCCUGGUGCUCAGGUGUUUAUGCCCAUGCAGCCACAUAUGCCUGUUGGGCCAGUGGGUCAGAAUGUCCCCAUGGCAUACUACCCAAUGGGAGCCGUCUACCCCCAUGGUUCAACAGUGAUGGUGGAGGGUGGCUUCGAUGCUGGUGCACGUUUCACAGCAGGCAGCAGUGUUUCCAUCCCUCCCCCUCCCCCUGGGCACCCCCCCAAUGCAGCUCAGCUGGCCGCCAUGCAGGGUGCCAAUGUUGUAAUGACACAGCGCAAGAAUAACUUCUUCUUGGGUGGAUCCAGUGGAGGUUAUACCAUCUGGUAACAGCAACUCCUUAAGUCCUCCUCCAUGCCUAAACCGUGUCCCUGUCCCACAUGAUGCCCCAGUUCUUCCCCUGUCCCAUACGCCUCCUUCUUUAGGCUGCUUGGCCAUGCCACAAUACUGAUAUCACCUAACGGAAUGUAAUAUUUUAGAGCCCCUGUGAAAGGUACAGUACUCCACUUCUGUCCUAUAGAUAAAAUACAACAGUCAAUCAGCUGAGGAAAUGCCACUGCCUCGAGAGGACAAAUGCUAAUGUUUUUUUUUUUAAAUUGUAGAGUUCAUUCCAUAACUCCUCUUUGGGUCUCACCUCUUUGCUCUUUCUCAAUCAGACCUCUUCGGGCAUCUCUAUUUGGUCCAGAGACAUAGUCUCCUCCAAAAACAAACAACAAAUUGCAUUCAGUUGCUCUUGUAUAUCUGUAAAGCUUUCAUAAAUCUGAAAUAUCAGAUCUGCACCACAUAGUUUAGCUGCUUCAUGGUGAAAGUACAACGCAGUUACAGAAUUACAAUGUAAGCGCAAAAAAGGAAUUUCCACCUGUCUUUUUUGAAACUUUUAGUGUAGUAAAAUAAUAGAUGUGUAGUAGUUUCAUGUAAAUACAAGUAUAAUGAUCACAAGAUCUUAACUUUCAAAAAAUUUGCAUCUUGGAUGCUUUUAGCUAGGAUUGUCUUGUCUUUGCACAGUAUCCAGACUACCACAGCAAAUUUGCUGCACAGUCAGUUUGACAGAUUGUUGCAUUUGAAUCACUUGUAAAUUAAUGAAAUUAAAUUGAAGCAAAUAAUUCAAGAAAAGAUUCCAUGCAAUAUCCAAAGUGGUUUACUGUACCUUGUUGGGCAACUUGUAGAUGAACAUAGUCAAGUGCCAAAGAGCACUGGGGAUAGCCCUAAUUUAAAGCAAAUUAACUUCAGUAAACUUAAAGGAAAGAAAUUUAAAGUAAAUCCAAAUAGUACGUUGAAUAGGAAGGAGUGGUUGGUGUAACAUUUUAGCUUUUUGUCUCCUGUAUCUAUUUUUCACAGUCGGAUACCCAGAGUUUAUACACUAAAUGUUUUAUUGUACAGAUUUCUUUGUGUCUUCACACAACAUAAUUUGGUAUCAUCCAGUCCACUUUAAAGUAUUUAUUUACUCUAGAUAAUGUCAUUUUUUGUGAUAGCAUUAGUAUCCAGUUAACAUGGUCAAGAGAUGGGUAACAUUACAGUGUUUCUUCUUCCAUCUUUUCUUUUUCACAUCUAAGUGACAAAAUUAGUGAGGCUAGAGAAUUUAUUAGUAUAAACAAUGAGCUGUUUGUACCAAAGAUUUGGUCUACAAUGCACUUAUAGUAUGUUUGGUUGUGACUUUAAAUUUCAAAUGUCACAAUUUAAAAGCAAACAUAUCAUUGAUUCAGCAGCUGUGAGAUUGUGAGUACCUCAAGUAUCAAUCUGACAUGACUGCAAUUUAGUUAAUGUGUUUGUCGCCUUGUGUGGGUCAUUUCUUUUUAAGUUUUUGCAAAAAAUUUUGCACCUUUACUGUGUGAAAAUUUGAUUCAAUACUUUUUAUCUGGGAUGCACUGCUAAGAAAAACUGAGAACUUGCAGACAAUGGGGUCUUUUUUUAAUUCUGUUUUCAUGUCUUUUUAAAGGAAGCUGUGAGAUUUUUGAACAUUUUUAGAUUUUAAAAAAGUUGACUCAUUUGUCAAGCUGUAGUUCAUGUUAAAGUGUCCAAAUGUGGCGUGUUGUUCAGUAGCCUGACAGUAUAUACAAACAUGCAUUGAGGCUAUAUCACUGUCAAUGUAUUUGCUCAUUUCCAAGACAUAUGUUUGUGCUGCUAAUACUGUAAAUCUGCUUUAGAAUCUUUACAUAAUGUGUUUUUCUGCAAACUUAAAAAUUGUGCCACAAACUAGAUAAGUCAUAAUGGAUACCAUGAGAUGAUUAUUUGUAGAUAUUCUUCAUUUUGGUGUCUGGUAGCGUUAAUGUGUCACUGGGUAUCCGACAUUCCAUAUCAAGUUUUAACAGCUGUGGCCGGAAGAAAACAAAUGCUGUUGCUGUCAUCUAAUAUUUGGUUUUUUCAGUGUUACUCGUAGGUGAGACAGGCCAGCUGUCUGGACGCCUCUCUGUGUGCGAAUCAUUCAUCUGCUGAUCUCUCAGCAGUGGAUACGCACUACUACACCGGACAUGACUGAUACUUUACAUUAACUCACUAGUGUUUCCAAAAAAAGGCUCAACAUGCAUUUAUUCUCACUCGUGCCAUUGUUCUAGACUGAUUUGGUAGUUAAGAGGCCACAGCUGUCAAAACUUAAAAAUGUAUUUGAUAUAAAAGUUUUCUUUUUUUUCCAUCUCACUCCUGAUUUUGUUUUGUAAAGCAACAUAAUGGUGGCUUUGUCCCAGCAAUAUGAAGUACUGUAAACUACAGCUGAUCAGUAGAUGCUAUGCCAACCACAGCCAGCAAAUGGAUAACUCUUUGUUGAAGGAUUAUGGACAUUUAUAGUUCAGGGAUUCUCUUUACAAUAUUUUGUAAAAUAGACAUCUGUACUAAAGUGAUGUGAUGGACUUUGGUACACAUUCUAUCUUUUAAGAUUACUAAAGGAGGUGAGUGUCACUUCAGUUUGCUGAGACAUGUCAAAGAUGGAAAAAAAGAACUUAGGUGCACUUAACUUUUUUAUACUAAACUUAAAAUUUAAAAUGUAAGUUUAGAAUAAAGGUUAUUUUGGAAAUUUGAAA